GACAUAAGACAACUGACGUUGACGUCAUUAUCCAUCUGCUUUGCCAUUUCCAUCUUCAUUUUUCAUUUUCUACUGCCAUAAAAAUAAUUUAACUGGUGCAGUUUUAGAAAUUAUAAGAAAUGGCUAGUUUAUUAGCGAAAAGCUUUAGGGCAGUGUGUAGAAACUCCUCGUCUUUACGAUCUUUCAGUACAAGGCCUUUGGCAGUCACAUUAGUAAAUAGAUGCAGUGAUAUUUUACAAAAUAGCUCACAAAGUAAACCUGGUUCUUUGAUCGAUAUACAGAGACUUGUUUCACCACAACAGAGAAGUUACAGUUCUAAGCCACCACUGACUUUGCAACUCAUUGGUGAAAGAGUUUUGUUAGUAUUAAAAUUGUAUGACAAAAUUAGUCCAGAAAAGCUGACUUUGAACUCCCACUUCAUCAAUGAUCUUGGAUUAGAUUCCCUAGACCAUGUCGAAGUCAUCAUGGCGAUGGAAGAUGAAUUCGGCUUUGAAAUCCCAGAUGCUGAUGCCGAAAAAUUACUGAGACCUGCAGAUAUUGUGCGGUACGUUGGGGACAAAGAAGAUAUCUAUGAAUAAGUAAUGAAAUAUGUAAAAAUAUAAAGUAAAUUACUGUACUCCUGUCAUAUAGUGUUAAUUAAGUUUAUUAAAUAUUAUUAAAUAAAAUAUUAAA